GUUGGGUCCCGCAGCGCGGUCGAUUUCUUCCCCGUCUCUUUGGCUGGCACUGUGGGCUCACGGACGUGGGCCCCACAGGGCUACCCCAGUAUUUUUUUAUUUGACUUGCGCCAUUCCUUUUCCCAACGUCAUACCUGACGUCGCUCCCCCAUUCUCGGUCUUGUCUCUUCUCUCUCCCGCACACAGCACAAACCAGCUACGUCAAGUAUUUACGAAGCCACACGAGGUCAGACCGCUCUCCCAGCACGCUGCAUAUCAGCGUAACGACACCCCCUUUUAUGGGCAACUUAGUUUUGUGACCUCAUAGCUAUUCGCCAUCGAUUCCGGAAUUCCUUGUCGCACUAGAGAGGCGCCGCAAGUUUUUUGAUUGACAUCAUGGGGCCGCCCACUGGAGCGACUGGCCGAGGUGCAUCCAAGUCACCCAAACAGUCCAGCAAGCCAAAGCCAUCUCCACCCCGACAAGAUACACCAUCCGACGCCAAACGCGACGUCCCUCUGAAACCCGACGAGUCAACGACUGCCGAACCUACCAAACCACUUGCCCCUCCGCCGCGCCCAAACCAACAGCAGCAGGGUUCGAACAGCCCCGACUACUUCGGGAACGUGAAUGCUGCGUCGCUGAGCCUAGAACCAAACCCGUUCGAACAGUCUUUUGGCGGUGCACCCCCCGAGACGCCUGGCGGCACCAAGUUGCCGUCCGUCGCCGCCCUCACAUCGCCGUCUUCACUCCUUCCCGGCAACACGCCGUUUCCCUGGGGAAGUGGCUCCCUGAGGACCGGCCCCCUGAGUCCGGCCAUGCUUUCCGGCCCGACCAAUGACUACUUUAGCGACACCCACCACAUCCGCGGCGGUUUCCCGACCCCGAACGAGUCAUCGCUGCGGAGCGGCCUAACCCCCGGGGGCAGUGGGUCUAUGUUCCCCGUCCCCAGUCCAAACUCCCAAGCCAUAUUCGCCCAGCUCGCCGGGGGGCCCAGUGCGACGCCGGGCACUAUCGACUUUCACCGUACUGCAGUCAGCGCUGCCGCUGCGAAACGCGAGCAAUCCCAAGCGCAACAACAACCCCCACCUGCCGCCCCUACAUCGCAGCCACAGGAGGCAGGGAACGGAACUCAAGCUCCCAAGGCGGAGACCAAGGCCCCGACUGGCCCCUUCGACCCGCACGACAACGAUGCAGCGAACGGUCUCUUCCUGCUCGCACAGGGGCGGAACACCACCCAACCACCCGCUAUUCAGCAGUACGCUGCGGUGCCGCCCGCGCAGGUGCAAACCCACGCUACCAUCACGGCCGCGCCCGUCCCGGGGGUAACUGCUGCGAACACAUCUCCCCAGAUGAAUGGCGCGCCUUCCCUAACCGGGAGCUCGGCACGUGGGGUAAGCGAGGCCAGCGCAAGAUCGGAUGAGAGCGAGGUCGCCCGCCCCAAUACCCGUGCCAGAGGAAAGCGGAACUCGGGUGGCGCGGCCGCCGGCUCGCGACGCAAGGCCGAGGACACCCAGGCCAAGGCUAACAACCAUGCGAGCAAGAAACAAAAGACGAAUACCGGGGGCGCAUCGGUAAGCAGCCACGACCACGACAUGGAUCACUCGGAUGACGAUGAUCACGACAAGAGCGACAAAGAAGAUGGCAACGGGUCCAAGUCAAAGAUGACCGACGAGGAGAAGCGGAAGAACUUCCUCGAGCGCAACAGGGUCGCUGCACUAAAGUGCCGCCAACGUAAAAAGCAAUGGCUGGCUAACCUACAGAACAAGGUGGAGGCGUACGCUACUGAGAACGACACGCUCACCAACCAAAUUAGCCGGCUUCGUGAGGAAGUGGUCAAUUUGAAGACUUUGCUCCUCGCGCAUAAGGACUGCCCCGUUUCGCAGCAACAGGGCCUACACACCACGUUCAUGCCGCCAACUAUGGAGGCCUUCAACCCUUCGAUGAACCCUUACGGCAUGGCACCGCCCAUGGGCGCGCAGCCCGUCAUGGCGGGCCAGGGCAUUGACCGGCGGUUCUCAUAGGCUGGAAAUCCGCAGGCAUGGAGCUCCUCGUUAACGACGGGCGAGUACCAGGCUCCCAAAAAUACCCGCGGUACCACGGUGAACUGUCAGACCUGGCAACCCUAGGUACCGACACACGUACAAGGAAUGCUC